GCUCUGUGCUCUGAUCUGCCCGCUCUGAUGGGGUUUCAUGCCCAUGCAAGCAGUGUUGGAGAUCCUGAGGACAACACAGGUCUUAGCCUCUUCUAAUUCAUACACGUUGACCACAUCAGCCUUCACAGAUGAGAGUCAGGACAGCUAACCUACAACUGACGGCUCAUGGACCAUCAACCAAUGACCAUCACUAGAAUCCAAAAAGGGAGCUAAAAGAAGAUCGAACGUGAGUGGCCCAAGGACGACUGGCAGAUAUGAGAGUGGUACUGGUGUGUGCCCUGCUCUCCCUCCUCUCUUCAUCACAAGCCUGUCCAAAGGAGUGUAGCUGCAACAGCAACACCAAAGUAGUAGACUGUCGAGGUCGAGGCCUUUAUGACAUCCCCCGACGACUGCAUCCGGACACCCAGGAACUGUACCUCCAAGACAACCGUAUCAGGGGGCUGGGAUCAAUGGCUUUCCGAGAAAUACCACUUGUCCGCAUUCUUGAUCUAUCUAAUAACUCUAUAACAACUAUUUCACCAACUGCACUGCUGGGUCUCAGAACUCUACAGCGCUUCAGCCUGGCCUACAACAGUCUGAGAGAGCUUGACAAGCGGUUGCUUGGGCCCAUCCGCUCGCUUUCACACCUUGACCUCUCACACAACAGCCUGUGGGGUUUGCCUGGAGCCAUGGGAGAUAGUUUGAAGAACCUUAGCCACCUGGGUCUAGCGCACAACAGGCUUACACGAUUGGACCGCUCCCUGUUGGAGGCCCUGACCCGCCUGGACAGCAUCACACUACGAGGCAACCCCUGGAGGUGUGACUGCCAGCUCAUAGGCCUCAAACUCUGGCUGGAGUCCUACCUCUUUAAAGGUGGAGCGGUGGAUGAGGUGAUUUGCUCCCAGCCGGAGGAAAUGAGGGAUAGAGACCUGCAAAAAGUCCCUUACCAGCUCUUCCACGCCUGCAUGACCACAAGCUACCACUACCUGUUCGCUAACAUUCACCACCUGGAGUCUGAGAGGCUACUGCGAGGCCACACCCACGGCAACCAUGCUCAUCCCUCCAGCCACACCAUCCACGUCCCCAUGGGAAUGGGGGAGGGAUUCGGUGGCGGGGCAGGAGGAGGAGGUGGAGGGGGUUUGCCAGAGUGUGAACCUAAGCAGAGGCCGCGGCCUGUCAACUUGCGCCAUGCGAUCGCCACAGUGAUCAUCACUGGCGUGGUGUGUGGGAUUGUGUGUCUGAUGAUGCUGGCUGCAGCAGUGUACGGCUGCGCCUACGCCGCUAUCAUGGCCAAAUAUCAACGGGAGCUUAAGAAGAACGAGGAGCUGGCAGCAGCGAAGGGGGCAGAUCACGCCACAGCAGACGAGAAGGAACCGCUGGAGAACGCUAUCGCCUAGACGAUGAUAUCAUGAACCCUGGACUUGAAACCUGGGCCUCAACCCUUUAACCUAAUCCUCUCUGGAUGCCAUAUGUGUGUUAGUACAUGUGUGAGAGUAAGUUUAUUUAUGUGUGGGCGUGUGUGUAUGUUCACCUCCUUUCUGAGACUUGGGUAGCUAAACUCCACAGAUAUUUGACUAUGCACUGAUGAGAAGAGAAUCUUCUACCGUAUGCGGGUUCAUGGGGCAGGCCAAAGAAUCCAAAAGGAAUCAAUUCCAUUUUGUCUGAGAAAUGCAUAUCACAGAUAGGAACUAUAUAUUUAUAAUUGUGUAUUUGUAGGUAUAAUAGUAAAGCUCUGGUAUUUAAAACAUGGAUUUCAGAAUUUGUUGUCUUUUGGCUGUUGUUCAUUAUUUUGAGUCUGAUUUUGAGGUAAUUUUGAAAACUCAUAGUAGGCAGCUACUGUCAGUUAAGUUCUGUUCUAAGUUGUUUGUAUCAUUGAUGUGAGAGUAUGCGAACAAGAGUGAAAGUGUUUGUGUCAGUGUUUCAUUUGUGCUUGAGCGUGCGUGUGGAGAUGUAUACUGUAUGCACAUAUUUAUAGACAAUUUAAGAGUAUGUGCCUAAUAAUGUGAUAUAGUUUUGAAGAGAAAAUAUGUUUGUUUUUUCUUAAAGGAUAUUUUUCUGACGACUGAAGUGAAGAUGGAAAAUUCGUUGAAGCAAUAAUGAAACAAACUAAAACAAAAACAACAACAAAACCUGGACUCAGCCUUGUUGUUUUUCUACGACUUUACAGGUUUAUGGGUUUGAAUUAUCGUCCAGUCCCACACAGUCACACACCCACACACACAAAACUUAUAGAUCUAAAGUUUCUGAGAUCAGUUGAGUCUUGUUUGUGAGUUAAUGCUGAUCACAUAAUGG